AGUGUCGACUAUUACGAUUAAGUACUCUAAUUUUGAUUGUAUUUGCAAAACUAUUUGUAUUUAAUCUUUUCUAAUUCUCUUAAAUAAUAUUCUUAUACAAACAGAACAGUAAUGAGAUAAACCUAUUUUUGUACUUGUAGAAUAAUAAUAUAUGCUACAAAAGAUGUCUGAUAAAUUAGGAUUUGAAGAAUUGAGAGCGAAAUACAAGGAUGUGCUCUCCAAAGCCUUUGCUACAAAUAAUAUAGAUUUACUUGACUCGUUUUCUAAGAAUACGAAUGAGACUGAUAGAAAAGCGGCCAUGGAUCAAGCCUACAGGGAUAAAUUACUGGAAUUGCUGAUAGAAGACCCUGAUACUCUUGAAUCUUAUGUUUGUUUCUGCAUAGAGUCAUGUAGACGGCAAAUGGUAACUCCCACAAUGCCAGUUGUUCUUCUUGGAGACAUAUUUGAUGCACUUACACUGAACAAAUGUGAAAAAAUGUUUACAUACGUCGAAAAUGGUGUAAAUAUUUGGAAGGAGGAACUGUUUUUUAUUGCAUGCAAGAACAACUUGCUUCGAAUGUGCAAUGACCUUUUGAGACGUUUAUCGAGAUCACAAAACACUGUAUUCUGUGGACGGAUCCUACUGUUCUUGGCAAAAUUCUUUCCAUUUUCUGAGAGAUCUGGCCUGAAUAUUGUUUCGGAAUUCAAUCUUGAGAAUAUAACAGAAUUUGGCGGAGAUAGUUCCAGCACACUUAAGGACUCUUUAGAUGAGGAAAUGGUGAUUGAUGAUGAAAAAAAUAAAUUAACAAUUGAUUAUAAUUUAUACUGUAGAUUUUGGAGUCUCCAAGAUUUUUUCAGGAACCCAAAUUCGUGUUACAACAAAAUACAAUGGAAGACAUUUGUUGCACAUUCAGGCAGUGUGCUAUCAGCAUUUUCAUCAUACAAGUUAGAAGCUGUUGAACUGCAGAAAUCUAAGAUGAAUAGAUUGAAGGCUGUGACCUCAGAUAUUGAAAUGGAUGAGUCAAGCAAGGAACAACACUAUUUUGCUAAAUUCCUCACUAAUCAGAAGCUACUAGAACUCCAGUUAUCUGAUUCCAACUUCAGAAGAUGUGUACUAAUACAGUUUCUUAUACUGUUCCAAUAUUUGACAUCAACUGUUAAGUUUAAAAUGGAAUCUCAAGAAUUAAAACAAGAUCAAAUGGAAUGGGUUAAAGAGACAACUUCUUUGAUAUACCGCUUACUAGGGGAGACCCCACCAAAUGGAAAGCAAUUUGCUGAAUGUGUCAAGUACAUACUUAAAAGGGAGGAACAUUGGAAUAGCUGGAAAAAUGAUGGCUGCCCAGAAUUUCAGAAGCCAAAACCACCACCUCAGGUUGAUUCAACAGAUGAAGUAAAAAAAUCGAGAAAACGUAGGAGACCAGUGGGUGACAUAAUAAGAGAAUAUGAAAGCCAAAAUAAAUAUUACAUGGGCAACAAUGAACUGACAAAGCUAUGGAAUUUAUGUCCAGACAAUCUAACCGCGUGUCGUACUAAAGAGAGAGAUUUUAUGCCUUCUUUAGAAUCGUACAUGUUGGGCGAACAUGGUGGAAGUGGCAGCAGUAAAACCAAGCGAACGGCGGACGGAGGGUGGGGCUGGCGGGCAUUGCGGCUUCUGGCACGGCGAAGUCCUCAUUUCUUUGUCCAUACCAAUAACCCUAUUGGCCGCCUGCCGGACUACCUCGAUGACAUGGUUGAGCGCGUAACACGCGAGGUGGCUGCAAACGCAGCAGCCAACAACACAAACGGAGAGUCUUCUGGUGGCAGCAUCGAUAAGACUCUGAAACAGGAACCCGCCGACGAAGAGGCUGAGGAGCAGAUUGAGACGGACAUUAUAAAGGACGGUGAUACCAAUGAUAUUGAACAGGUGCCAGAUUCCACGCACGCGGGCGAAGACGACUACGAGAAAAGCGGUCGUUCGCGUGUCACUAUGAUCACGCCAGCUCAGCUGGAGGCGGUGUCAUCCAAACUGAGUGAUUGGAAGAAACUUGCCGUGAAAUUAGGAUACAAGCCUGAUGAGAUCCAGUAUUUCGAAACUGAAAACGCCACGGACGCAUCCAGAGCUAAGAAUAUGCUUCAACUGUGGUUUGACGAUGACGAAGAUGCAUCAGUCGAGAAUCUCCUGUACAUCAUGGAGGGUCUAAAAUUGGUAGAAGCGUGUGAGGCACUGAGAAAUAUAAAAUGACGAUUACUAAAACGUAGUUGUAAGAAGAAACAAGUAAAGUUUAAUUUGUAA